UCCAACCACGACGACAGCUGCAAAAUGGUAAACGUGCCGCCCCUGCUGUGCAGCACGCCGCCACCGAUCGAUUUUGGCGAGGACGACGACGACUCCGGGCUGCAGUCGACGAUCAACUUGGACGACGGUGACGAAUACCCCGACGAUGACUUUCGCUUAGUCACCAGCCGCUCAACGGGGCUCGAAGCGGGGCUCAAUGCAAAAGAAGCACAGUCACAGUCACAGCCAGAACCCCAACCCCAAUCCGUAGUCAUAUCAGCGUACAGUGAACGGCCGCCCGAUCUGGAACUGAUUGAGAAUUGUGAGAUUAGCAAACCAUCUGUAGACGCCAUUAAGCAAACUGUGGAGGCUUUCAAUUACCAAGUGAAACAGUCGCAAUCGCUUGAGGGGUACGACGGUUAUCAGGAAACGCCCCCGCCCCUUGCUGAUGAGCUGGAGGAAGACGAAGAGGAGGAGGAAGUCAAUAUAAAUGACAACGUGCCGUCCCUUAAGUUGGACAGCCUGAGUCUGUAUUCCACGGAAAGUGUCUCGGCCUCGUCCACACUGUCGCCCGUUGCAGAUGCCGACGAGGAGAUGCCGCCACCACCAACGACUACGACGGCAACCACAACCACAACCAAAGCACCUGCAAUUGCACCUGUCCUCAGCCAUCAAGUCACGCUGGAGGAUGUGUCCGAUGACAGCGACGAGGAGUGUUCGCCAAAGAAACCCAAAGAACUAUUUAUACGCGAGGGAGCCGAAGAUUUCUUUGCCAUUGAAGUGCUGGCCACAGCCACACUGACCUCCACCCAGACCCAGUCCCAGUCCCAGUCCCAGUCCUCCUUCUCCCAGUUGGAAAAGCCAUCAGCGGAUGCAGAUUUAUUUAAUUUUGCUGAUAGCUUUGAAGAGGCGACAGCACAGUCCUUUGUUCGGAAGGAUGUCAUCGAAGAGCAGCAGCAGCAGCAGCAACAAACGAAUGAUGAGGACGAAUUUGAUGACUUUGGCGACUUUGCUGAUUUUUCGGCUGUGCCCACGCCUACAGUGGAAGCUAUGCCACCGCCAGUCCAGCAGAGAAAAGAUUCCCUGGAGGCUGCUCCUCCAGCAACUGCUGCAGAUGAUGGCUUCGAUGAUUUUCAAGAGUUUGCCACUCCCCCAGAAGGUGAUGCCGACGAUGACGAUGACGAUGACUUUGGUGACUUCUCAGAGCCCCUCACAGCACCCAUACCCAUAGCCGUAGCCGUGCCUCCGCCACCGCCGCCUGCAGCAGUCCACCUGAGCAUUGAUGAGCGCAUCAAGCCAGUCCUAGAGCUAAUGUUUCCCCUGUCCCAGGAGAGCAGUGCCGCGAAUGAGGCCAAACGGCGGCCCCUGGCCCAGUGUCAGACCUUCAAUUUUGGUGCCAUCGAGCAGGCGCAGGCCCUGGACUAUCAGUGGACCAGCUCGGAGAUGAGGCACUCCCUAGUGCGGUCCCUGGGCAUCGAUUCAAGAAAUAUACUCUUUGGGGACAAGUGGAAUGCUUCCAUGCCGCGCUUCGCUGCCAAUCUGAGCUUCGAUCCUCUGAAGCCGCUCAAGCCGCUGGAGGCCACGCCCCUGAACAGCCAGCAGUCAGUGGUUACUCGUAUCCCAAACGAUGAUAAAUUGUAUCUAGAUACACAUGUACAGACCUUACAAUUGGAAGAACUAGACCAAGAACUAACGAUGAUGCUGGCUGAUAAAAUAAAUCCUCUUGUUACCUCUAACCUCCACACCAAUAACCACGAACUAAAUGAAAAUGGUAAUGCUGCUGCUGCCGCUGCCGCUGCUGCCCGACCCCAAACGGAUGACAAUCUGAUGAUGGAUUCCCCCUCUAACAAACCACACAAUGAUAUGCACCAUUCUUCAUCAUUAACCACACUCCUCAAUAACGAUAAUGAUAACAACAAUCAUGCAACAACAAACACAAUAAAUCUACUCACUGAUCACGAUGCCUUCUUGCUGGAUUUUAGACUGGAGGCAACAACAGCUACAGCCACCGCAGCAGCACAAACGAGCCAAACUGAAGCGCGGGCUGGCCCGUCUAAUGGGGAAAAGUGUGUCGUCGCCAGCAGCACCGAAACCACCAACUUUGACCAGGGCAACGUUAACCCAGACAUUAAUAGCGACCGCCUUGAGUCCACAGCAGCGCCACCAGCAGCAGUUGCUGCUGCAGCAGCAGCGACGCUAUCGGCUGCUCUAUCAGCAAACGGCUAUGGCCACAACCUCAACGGCAGUGAGCAGCUGCAUCAGCAACAGCAGCAACAGCAGCAACAGCAGCAGCAGCAGCAGCUGCAACAGCAACCACACCAGCAGCAGUUUGAUUUGAGAGCAACCUCAACGCCAUCUCCACCUCCAGUUUCAGCUCCAGCAGUGGCGCCAGAGGAGCUCAAGGGAAGCAGCACCACCAGUACUCCCACUGGCUUUGCGAUGCCACUGAAGGAGACCCAUAUUUACACACCCUCGAAAUCAGAUACGGCUGUGGCAAGGACCACAACGCUAGCGCCCAUUGAUUUCGACUACGAGAUCGCGGCCACUGGCAUCAUCAUUGAUGAGACGGUGGUCAAGAAGGAGUACCGCGAUGUGGAGUACAAACCGCCGCCAUUUGGCCUGGACUCGCCCAGCAGAUUGCCCAGCAGCAACGGAACGAGCAGCUUUGAGCUUCCGACGACAGUGAACCCAAUGGCGGAGGAUGAUGAUUUCAGUGACUUCCAGUCGAUGCCAGCGAGAACGCAAGCCUCGCUACAGCCGCCAAGGAACGGGACGCCCACGUUUGGCGAACAAAUGAUACUCUGCCCGGCCAUAUUGCUGCCGCAGGCCAUUCCCCUGGCCAAAACCACCAUAGAGUGGGGCGACAAUGCUCUGUCCAGCAUCAACGCUGAGGAAAUGGCCCGCAUUGAAGAUCUGUUCUCGGCACAGUCCAAGCCGCCGACGAUAAGUGCAACGGUUGCCAAGCAGCCGCCCCAGCAACAGCAGCAGCAGAACCAGCAGCAACAGGAGGAUGAUGAGUGGUCGGACUUUGUGUCGGUGCCUGUGCCCCAGCAGCAGCAGCAGCUGCAGCAUCCACAGCAACAACAGUCUUUUAGCAAUAAUAACAAUAUCAACAGCUUGAAGAAGCCCCCCUCUGGGACUGGGUCUGGGCCUGGGCCGAAGGAGGAUGAUUGGUCCGAUUUUGUGAGCAGCACUCCGCUGGCGGCCCGACCGUCGGCUCCACAGUUUAAUUCCGGGGCCUGGCAGAGCGCCAAUUUCUACAACAAUCCACUCAGUCUCUAUCAGCACCAGAAGCAGACGCAUGCCCACAGCAAUCUGGUGCCCAAAUAUCAGCACAGCGGCAGUGCCUCAACCAACCACAAUAACAAUAACAACAACAACAACAAUGUGCCAGCCACGCCGCAGCAGAUCCACAUAAUGCACGACUUCUCCACGGCGCCCUCGACCACGGGCGCGGGCUCGUUGGCAGCCGGAGCCACCUAUCAGCAGCACCAUCAGCGGCAGCAAUUCCAGAUAGGCAAUGCCAAGGUGGCACCGCUCAUAUCCGUCAUACCCGAUCUGAGCUUUGUGGCCCCGGCCUUGCCCACAAAUGCGGGGGCCUUUAUGGGAUCGCUGCCGAAGCCCAGUUUCGGUGGCAAGAAAUGACAAAUGCUGCGCGGAGGGAAACAUCAUCUGAAUCCCCAACAGAAGCAGCAGCAACAGUCGUUGAGACCGCGUCUCCCGGCCGGAGAGGCCAGCAUCCUCACGUAGAGAUGCCUGCAGAUGACCCGUGGAGAUAGUCAGUAUUAUGAAUCCGUCUGAUAAUUACCAUACACCGUACCAUACCGUAACGUCGUAUAUAUAAUAUCUGCCAACUGCAAUUGGAAGAUUGCGAAAGAAAUUAGCAGCAGAAAAAAGUGUUUAAUGUUGUUGAAGUUAUUGUUGUUGAUGUUGUUGUUAGGCGUUCUAGGAACAGGCACCACUCAGGCACUCCGUUCUCACCCGGUCCCCCCCAGGAGAUCGAGGAAACCCAACUCCAGUUCUGUUUCUGUCCCCCCCAGAUCGUUCUUGUGCAAUAUUUUUGAGUCGAAACUAAUUGAAAUUUAGAUAUUUUUAGAGUGAAAAAAAUUAGAUGUAAAAACUAAAGAUUUUAUAUGAUUUUUGUCAAGCCAGGACCCCUCCAGAGCCAGGAACAGACUCCCGCAGUUUGAGAGCAUUCCAGAGAAAAGAAAACUUCCCUUUGCGACUUCCCUCCUAAUCCAACAGAAUACUCCAAGAAGUCCGAAUAAAGAAAAAACCCCAACCAA